CGGGCUCCUCUCAUUGAUCGCCGCCAUCACCAUUUAAUCCCCAAGGAAAUACCUCAUCAGACGCUAAUCUUCUCCUCAUCAAGAUGCAGAUCUUCGUGAAGACCCUCACCGGCAAGACUAUCACCUUGGAGGUCGAGUCCUCUGACACCAUCGACAAUGUCAAGGCUAAGAUCCAGGACAAGGAAGGCAUCCCUCCGGACCAGCAGCGCCUCAUCUUCGCAGGGAAGCAGCUCGACGAUGGCCGCACCCUUGCUGACUAUAACAUCCAGAAGGAGUCCACCCUCCACCUUGUCCUGCGCCUCCGUGGUGGCAUGCAGAUCUUCGUGAAGACCCUCACCGGCAAGAGCAUCACCCUGGAGGUUGAGUCCUCUGACACCAUUGACAACGUCAAGGCGAAGAUUCAGGACAAGGAGGGCAUCCCUCCGGACCAGCAGCGCCUCAUCUUCGCAGGCAAGCAGCUUGAGGAUGGCCGCACCCUUGCUGAUUAUAACAUCCAGAAGGAGUCCACCCUCCACCUUGUCCUCCGCCUUCGUGGUGGUCAGUGAGCUUUUGCUGCAAAAGAUUAGAGGUGUGGUCAUGUCGUUUGUGUCAUGUUAAGUGUGGUCGAGUUCCAGUAAGCUGAAUAAGUAUACUGUGUCAUCGUGCUAGUAUCAGUAUGUGUGGAGGCCUUGUGAGCCUUUUCGAUGGAUGGUCUCUUGCUUGAAACAAUAUUAUCAAGUUCUACUUGAAUAUCUGGUGAUUCUAUCUCUUUAUUUGUGUUACUGAAACAGUAUUACUAAGUUUUACUUGAAUAUAUGGUGAUUCCAUCUCUUUA